GACUUUUUAAAUUUAAAGACGUUUUUAAACGUGAUGUGUGUUUGUGGUUUCGUAUUAGAUGGGACGUAAAUGAUGUGUUGAAAAUGAUUGAGUUGUAGACAAUUAAAAUGGAAUAUUCUUGGCAUAUGGAGGACAGUGGAACUAAUUUAAGGAGAUUGCAGAGAAAUCCAGGUCCGGGUCUCAUCGACGAACUGGAGGCCUACAUGGCGCCCGUGGGGGACUACCCGCCGGACCGGAGGCUUGGGAACCACCAACUCCCCGAAAGCCCCCCCGACUCUGGCUCGGAGAACCCCUACAGUCCCGACACCACCCACAUACCGGUGCUGCCAGAAUACGUGGUCCCCUCUCACCUGCAGGAGCUGGUGCCAGGAGACUACAUGUACGAGGAGUUGAAAGACAACCUGGAUGUGGUGGUGAUGCCGGGGGAGGUGGAGCUGGGGGGGAGACUGGAGGGGAUCUAUCCUAGGUAAGAUUAAAGGCUGUGAGAUCCUCUGACAUUUCCUUCCAGGUACAACCAAAUGCGAGUAGACCUCCCGGAGCUAGACCAGACCAUCAUCAGCCCUCAACUGGUGACCCUCGGCCAUGAGACCUUAACACCGGUCUACACCACCCUACAAGAACCAACCACCAAGAAGAGGAAGCACUCGCAAGAUGCUUCUCAAGUCAAGUGUGAACCAGCAGCCCUGUCUCCAGAAACGCACGUCCGCCCAGCGCCACCUUCCGUGGACGGAUCAGAGGCAGGAGAUGACGUGCCCCUCCAGUGCAUCAGAUUCGCGCCCUUCCAGCAGAACUUGUGGCACACGCUGUAUGACUGCAACCUGAAACCUCUCCAACCCCCCUCUUACGUCGUCGGCGCCGACAAAGGAUUCAACUUCUCCCAGAUCGACGAGGCCUUCGUCUGCCAGAAGAAGAACCACUUCCAGGUCACCUGCCAGAUCCAGAUGCAGGGGGACCCGCACUACGUCAAGACUAACGAGGGGUUUAAAAAGAUUAGCGGGUUUAGGUUGCAUUUUUAUGGUGUCAAAGCUGAAGAUCCCAGUCAAGAAGUGAGAGUAGAACAAAGCCAGUCCGACCGUACGAAGAAACCUUUCCAUCCUGUACCAGUGGAACUAAGACGUGAAGGAACGAAAGUGACCGUCGGUCGCCUCCACUUCGCAGAAACCACAAAUAAUAAUAUGAGGAAGAAGGGAAGACCAAACCCUGACCAGAGGCAUUUCCAGUUGGUGGUGGCUCUGAGGGCCCAUGUCCCUAGUGGGGAUGUUAUGGUGGCUGCUAGUGCCAGCGACAGAAUUAUAGUUCGGGCAUCAAACCCAGGGCAGUUUGAGUCGGACUGCACCGAGAACUGGUGGCAACGGGGUGUCUCUGACAACAGUGUCCACUUUAAUGGUCGUGUCGGAAUCAACACGGAUCGGCCUGACGAGUCCUGUGUCAUUAAUGGUAACCUAAAAGUGAUGGGUCACGUUGUCCACCCGUCAGAUGCUCGAGCAAAGCACAACAUUGAAGAGCUGGAUACAGCGCAGCAGCUGAAAAAUGUCCAGAGCAUCAGAGUUGUCAAAUUCAACUACGACCCCUCCUUCGCCGAGCACUCGGGCCUGCUCGGGUUCGACCCGACGUCCCCCGCCCCGCAGGCCGACACGGGGGUCAUUGCGCAGGAGGUGCGGCAAGUCAUACCAGAAGCGGUGAAGGAGGCAGGGGACGUCACGCUGCCAAAUGGAGAUACUAUACACAAGUUUUUGGUUGUCAAUAAGGACCGUAUCUUCAUGGAGAACCUUGGAGCAGUGAAGGAGUUGUGCAGAGUGACUGGAAACCUGGAGUCCCGUAUCGAUCACCUGGAGAAGAUCAACAGGAAAUUGUGCAAAAUCAACAUUCUUCAGAGGAGAGACAGCGCCAGAUCUAACAUAAGUAGUGACUCCCACUUUUCAGCCAUAUCCUCCUCAUCAAAAUCCUUCUACAGCGACGGCAACAUAUCCAUAGACCAGAUACGAGACAUAGCGCGCAACAUCCGACGACACGAGUGUUGCCACAAACUCAGCCACAACUCCCCCAAAUACACGAGAAAACAAUGCAAGACCUGCCACGACCCACGGAACUACUCGAAAUACGGCAAAUUCUACAACUACAACAAAACCUGUGUCAGAUAUCAUAAAGAAGAAAAACACGAAUGUAAAUUCCCGCCUUACGUCGGCACUUUGGAAUCUGACAUUCAGAAAAUCUCAGAUGACAGUACGAUGUCGAAAAAAAAAGAUACGUGUCUGUGGUUGAAGGAGGAUUUUGCGCCUGGCAACACCAAGCUGGCGUUUUGUUGUAAGAAGGAAUACAGUGAUGCCAGCAGCGAAUUGAUUUCUAAUAAGUUUUUGCAGAUCGUGAUCACUAUUUUGAUUUUCAUUAUGGCUGUUUGUUUGGUGGUAAUGUCGGCCCUAUAUUUCCGGGAACAUCAAGAGUUGCUAAACAUAAAGGAGAACAGACAGCACGAAAAAUACACGUACUACAACUACAGAAAAGAAAACACACCCUACAGAGCCACGCCUCCAGACUUGAAUCAGAUACAGAAUUUGAAAUUUUCACAACAUGUGCCUUCGAAGAAAAACGCAAAAGAAAAAGGGCCACACAAAACAACUCCGGAGUUCCCGACCACACCGUCCACAGAAUCUCUGCGCACGAUCGCAUCUACCCUCCACGCCUCAAGAAAUUAUGUCCGGGACGUGCUAAACAUGGACGCCACACACUCGCCGCUGGAACGCGCGAUCUCUAUAACAGCAACAGCAGAUCUCGUUGGAAAACUCGCAAGUGCUUGCAGCUUUUCGGCUAACUCAGAAAACGAUCUGUACGCUGAAUGCCAGUCACCAUGCAACCUGGAACCCCCUCAAGCCUUCGAGAACCAGGAACCUUUGGAACGCAAACCGGAGCUGAAUGAUACCUUCAGACCCCCGGAACCUCCAGUAAAGGAUAAUAAACUCCCAAACAUCCCAGUGAUACCAGAAAAAAAUGCCACAGAACCCCUAAAGCAAGACAACGAUUCAAUCCAACGCUUCAAGAAGAUACCCGACGAAAUAAUGGCUGAAAACACUUUGCUGGACCCUAAUAAGUUGAACCAGACGGAUAACUUGACUGGGAGAGUGAGAAGGCAGAUAGGGAAACGUGUGAGGAAGAGAGAGGCGAAUGAAGCUUUGUCAGCUUCGAUGCGGAGCUCGGAGGAGAAUUUGGAGCAGCUUUCUGCAGAAAAAUAUCCUGUUAUCUUUGGAAUCGCCACACAAGCUUUUACAAACGAUUCGCUCUUCACUGCAAUGGUGACGUCACACAUGACGUACAACAUCACAUACACCGUCCCCCUCUCGCACUGCCUGCAUGACAAGGACAUCGAUAUGGUUAUCAGGUCACCUCACCACCAACUGAGCGAGGUCCGCCUAUGCGAUCUCCAAUGCGACGACGCGGACAAGAAAUGUCUCCGGAUCCGUGACGACACGAAGCCGUUCCUACAGUAUGGUGCCUGGGUGCUCAGAAUGCCUCUGAGCUGCAAGAUGGAUAGAAUGCUCAGGAUCAGAGCUUCGUUUGCGCCCAAUAAGAACAUCUGCUUCGCCUCUGACCACAUAUCGUCGCUCCUGGUCUACAAUAUACACGUUUACAGAGAUUGUCAAUAGCAAUGUUUGUCAUAAUAGGUUUUUGUCAUAAUUUUUCGUUUCGAUUAGCUCGU